CCGCGUGGCAUGACGCCCACCACUGCUUAGCUUUCCCGCAGUCAAUCGGAAACACAUCAGUGCGGGGAUUUCUAUUUGCCAUUUCGUUCAAUAUGUCGUCCGGUGCCUCCGCCACCGAUCCUCAUCGACAUGCACAGUACACCUACAUUCCUAAGAUGGAGAACAUCCUGCCACCCAGCAUAGCGAAGCUAGAGAGACCACUGCCGCACACUCCAAAAACUGACCAAUCUAUGAGCGAUAGCUUCAUCUUGGAGCAUCGACCGCAGAGCCCACAGAUUGUUCAAGGCCCGCGGAGCCCAGCCAUCGAGCUUGAAGAAGCACAUCCGCCCAUGCCUCCUACGAAGGAUGAAACCCUUACCCCGCUCUCAAACUGGGCGCAUUUGUCACUUAUUAAGAACCAACGGAAUUCUCUUCGAACUGAACUUAGUGCUCAGCAGGUUGCGGGUGCUGAAGCGAAAGCCUCAGUCGCUGCCCUUCGCCGACUCGCGUUCCGCCUUGCCGUAAACAUAUCAGUCAAGGAAAAGCAGAUUGCCAACACAGCAAGAAAUUUAGCUCGUAGCAGAAAGAAAGAUUAUAUAUCAACACGCAAUGCCGAUAAGAGAAUUGAAAUGCUUUCGAAGGGCUGGAAGGAAGAGGAGCGGAGGAACAGGGAGAUAUUAGAGAGUUUGGAGAAAGCUGCUAUGCUGACUCUACAAUGUAUUUGAUUCAUCAUCUUAAUACGAUCGUCACUAAUUUCGACAGACGCCAGUCCUAACCCCCAACCGAUUAAUCGGCUUCAGCCAAGUCCCUUAUCUCCACCACCGUCACCACCAACCCGUGUCUCGAGCCUGAUAUACCAUCCCUCUUCGUCUCCCAAAACACCAACGCAUUCUCCAGCCUCCUCAAUAUCAUGGGAAUCCAAAAGCUUCCACUACACUCCAGACGACAUGAUCGAGAUACGUACCUCGAACGACCGAUUGAUACGAGCCAAACGCGAAUCAGAUCACGCGCUUCUUGUAUGCCGAAGCCGUAU